AUGGGAAAAGAACUGCUAAACAAUAGCUCAUUCUGCCAACAGCUGGGAGCGACACUAGUGCGCAAUUUUAAACUGAAAAUCAGAGACUCCAGGAAAACGAUUGCCGAAGUAUUUCUACCGCUGUACACGCUCGGCACGCUGAUAGUGCUGAAGAUACUGAUUCCCAAUCCUAACUUUCCCGCCAUAACGGAACCACGCGGAGCGGCAUCACUUUUCGAACAUUUUCAGCACCACAAAGCCCACACCAUCGCGGUUCUGCCGCAGCCAAAUUCAUCUACAACUUUGCAAUUCCUGAACGAAGCCAACGAGCUGUGGCUGUCGAAUCGGCACCACUCGGCCGGCAUCCAUCCGAUCAAAUGGAUCGUGUACGAUACGCAGGACGAACUGCUGGCCGCGUACUGGCGCGAUCCGGACAAGAUGCCGCUGGCGUUGAUCUUCCACAGCGAGGAUCCCAUGUACGGCCAGCUGCGCUACGAAAUCCGUACGAAUCCGUCGUUCUUCGUGACGCCCUCGACCACGGAGCUGUACUCGUCGCUCGUCACCUGCCGCCAAUCGGACAGCUACUGGUCGGCCGUGAUACCGAUCGAAACCGGCGACUCGUGCCCGGUGAAUCAGUACUACUAUUCCGGGUUUGUCGCACUGCAAACGCUGCUGGACUACACCAAAAUCAAGAUCGUAACGCAAAACGAUGACAUUCAGAUACCUCACAUUACACUAGAGAUGUUUCCUAAGGAAGCCUAUACGGGUAAUUGGAUGGUUGCAUUUAGACUAGUGAUACCAAUCUACAUGGUGAUGGCACUGUCCCAGUUUAUCACAUAUCUGCUAAUACUGAUCGUCGGCGAGAAGGAGAACCACAUCAAGGAGGGUUUGAAGAUUAUGGGCUUACGGGAUUCCGUGUUCUGGUGCGGCUGGUUUAUCAUCUAUGCAGUGUUUGUGACUUUCCUAACGUUUGUGUCUGUAAUAUUGCUGUUUUCGCUUGGCGUUUUCCAAAACACCAACUAUCUGCCGGUGUUCAUUUUGAUCCUACUCUAUAGCUUCUCGGUGAUUCUGAUAGGCUUCAUGAUUACGCCGUUUUUUGAUAACUCUAGGACCGCCGGUAUUUUGGGCAAUUUUGCGGUUAACAUCAUGUCGCUGCUGUACUUUUUGCAAGUGUUCAUUGACGAUACGCACACUUCAGCUGCCUUGUGGACGGUGUCUCUGAUAUCGCCUACCGGAUUCGCGCUGGCGAUGGACAAGAUUCUGGUGCUGGAUAUAUCGGGACAGGGCGUUACGUUGGACAAUCUGUGGACCGGACCGGGCAUACCGAUCGGUGGAUCUAUUCUGAUGCUGGUAGUUGACAUUCUGCUGUACGCAGCGUUGGCAUUUUACUUUGACUGCGUCAUUCCCUCGGAGCACGGAACCAAGCAGCGCCCGUGCUUCUGCUUUAGUCGUCACUAUUGGUGUAAGAAGAAAGUGCCAAAAGUACCGCUCCUGAAUGGUGAGUCGGCGAACUCCUUCGUAAAUUUGGAUGAGCAAACGCGUGAUAUUGAGCCAGUUUCGCGAGAGAUGCGUGGCAAGGAAGCCAUUCGGAUAGUGGAUUUGUACAAAACGUUCCACUCCUGCCGGAAACCGGCGGUGAAUGCAGUGAACGGUAUAAAUUUGACCAUCUACGAGGGACAAAUAACGGCGAUUCUGGGACAUAAUGGUGCAGGCAAGAGCACACUUUUUAACAUACUGACUGGUUUGACCUCACCGACCUCGGGAACGGUCUAUAUUUUUGGGUACGAUAUUCGUGAUCCAAACGAUAUGACGAUGAUUCGUCGGAUGACCGGAGUUUGUCCGCAGCACGAUAUAUUGUUUGAAACGUUGACACCAAAAGAGCAUCUGUACUUUUUCGCAGCAGUUCGUGGGAUUGCUCCGAACUUGAUAGAUAGUGAGGUGAAGAAAACAUUACGGGACAUUGAUCUAUUUGAUUCGGCCGAAACGCGGGUGAAGUAUUUAAGUGGAGGUCAGAAGCGGAAGCUUUCCGUCGGUAUUGCCAUCAUCGGGGACCCGAAGAUCAUUAUUUUGGACGAACCAACGGCUGGGGUUGAUCCGUAUUCCAGGCGACACAUGUGGUCUAUCUUGCAAAACCGAAAACAUGGUAAGGUAAUCCUGCUGACGACGCACUUCAUGGAUGAGGCGGAUAUUCUAGCCGAAAGGAAGGCCGUUGUUUCGAGGGGUCGUCUCCGUUGCUGUGGUUCUUCUCUAUUUUUGAAGAAUAAGUUUGGUGUGGGAUACCACUUGACGUUGGUUCUGGACACGUGCGCCUGUGAAACGUCUAUUACUAAGCUGGUUAACGAGCAUGUGCCAAAAGCGGAGAAGGCUAGACGACACGGAAGAGAACUCAGCUACAUACUACCACACGACGCUGUCAAUUCAUUCGUAUCACUGUUUGACGAUAUUGAGAAGGAAAUUAGAACCAAGCAAAUGAAGUUGGGAAUUUGUUCGUACGGCGUGUCAAUGACUACACUGGAGGAAGUGUUUUUACAUUUGGAAACACAGCGGGAGGAAGAACAGAAGGUCGGAACCGAAGAGGAAGACGAACAGGAGGGGGCCUAUGCUGACAGCAUAAGCCGAAAAGUGAUGAAAAAUCGAGCUUUGCCAAGAAGUCUAUCGCUACAGGAACGAAGCAAUAGUUAUCAAUCGCUGAAAAACGACACCAAAAAUCUGCUUGAAAAGCAGAACACGGAGAAUAAAUCUUCGCUCCCGGACAACGGGCUGGACUUCGAAACAAUCAUACCGGUGAACGGACUGACGAACGACGUAGAGGUUGUUAGGAGUGAGAAAGGUUCGGCAGCUCCGUCGCCAAACUUGAAAAUUCACCGAAAACGACAGCACAGCAGAUCCCGGAACGGGGUCAGCAAAAGCACCAAAAGCAUCUACGAGGAUCCUACCCACACCUCGUCCUCGGUUGUGAAACUGAACAGUCAAAACAAAACGAACUGGAUGGAUCUGGAUGACAUCGAGCUGCGACCAUCCUGUUUCGACACCAUCGUAGCCCUAUUAAAGCUUAGAAUUACAAUACUCUUUCGGGACAUUCAACGCCUAUAUCUGCUAAUCAUCCUACCGCUGGCGUUUACAGCCCUUGGCUUAUACCUAAACUCCAUUCAGGUGAUCUCACCGGUAAUGCGUUCAAUCAUGCUGGACAACGGCACGUACGGCAGCAACAUCACAAAAAUUGCGGUACACGACAAUACCAAUCGACUGCUCUCGCAGCACACGCUCUACCACCAUCACCAGCUGCAGCCGACGCCGUCGCCGCUUCUGCUGCAUCAGAAACACCACCAGCAUCAGCACCAGGCCCAGCAGCAGUCCAAGGAAUCGUCAUAUCUCUACCAUCGUUUCAUCGACGAACUGAAGCAAUCGGCGAAUGUCACCGAAGACUACAGCGGCAACUUUUCGCUGCUGCUCCAAAUGGCGCCCCACAUGGCGGCCUUCAACGUCAACACUAUAUCAUGGUCAAAUGUGUCAAUAACUACUCUGUACAAUGAUACCACUCAACACAGUCUCCCAAUAAUCUUAAAUCUAAUAAGUAAUACCUUGCUGCGGAUGUUCGUGAAAGUCGGUACGCCACCGGUCGCAUCACAAGCGGUGUACCGUCAUCAGCGAGUUACCGUAGGUAGGCAGCAGCAGUACGGAACCGUUGACUACGGUGACGAUAUGCCCCAGGGGGAUGAACCGCUGGACACGGCAUCGUCCAUUACGCCAUCGGUUGGUGGCUCUGCCACCGGAGGUGGAGUGGAAUCAGUGCUCAACAUCGAACUGCAUUCGCAUCCCUUCCAGCAGACCGCACAGCCGCAGGAGUUCAACAUUGGCACGUUCUCCUCUGCUCUAUUCGUCGGUAUGAUCUUCGUGCUGAUUCCGGUUUCGCUGGCCGUCGAUAUGGUGUACGACCGGGAGAUGAAGGCUAAAAACCAGCUGCGCGUGAACGGCCUGUCGUCGGCCGUCUAUCUGUCGGCUUACUUUAUCGUGCUGUCCGGGCUGAUGCUGCUGAUAUGCGCUGCUUUGCUUGGGCUGGUAUUUCUGUUUGAUAUACCCUCCUUCAGACAGCCACCGGCACUGAUUUCACUAGGUUUGCUAGUGUUCCUGUAUUCCCCUGCGGGGAUUUUGUGUUCUACGUGCUUUUCAUACUUUUUUGAUCGCACGGACUCGGCGCAGUCCAUCCUACCUAAUAUUCUAACCUUUGUCGGACUGAUCCCCUUUAUUUUGGUAGUGUUUUUAGAUAUGCUAGGAAUUGAGGUUAAAGCCGCUAUCGCUUUGCACUACGUAUUCUCGCUUCUCAACCCGAUGUACAUCCCGUACGCGGCGGUGUAUUUUGUCGAUCGGGUCUACAUCGCGUGCCGGUUGAGUUCCGCCUGUGCGGAGCUCUCCAUGGCGCACUACAUGACCGAGGAGAUGAUCGUGAUGGCCUGCGGCUGUUUGUUGCACAUCCCCAUCUGGGCAUUCUGUCUGCGUGUGUCGGACCUUGUCAAAAGUGGAGGUCGUGUGAGGGAUAUGUUCCAUCGAGCCACGAAUGAAGAAGACAUCGUUACGGAGGAGCAAUGCAUUGGAGAGUACGAGGAUGAGGAUGUUAGAAAUGAGCGUGCAAAAAUCUUUCGAUUGUCUUGUCAGGAGCAGAACGACCAACCGCAGCCUGUAGUUCUGGUGAAGAAUUUGCGAAAAGAAUUCUCGCAGGAGUCGUUGUGUGGGAGCGCGUCCUGUUGCUGCUGUGCCGACGAUGAACCACCAAGAAAGAAGGUUUCCGUGCGCAGUUUAUCGUUUGCCGUGGACGCUGGCGAGGUGUUGGGACUGUUGGGUCACAACGGGGCAGGAAAAACGACCACCAUGAAAAUAAUGACCGGAGAAACGAUUCCCACCAGAGGAACGGUUCGGGUAGCCGGCCACAGUAUUACCAUCAAUCAGGACGAUGCGUUCAAAACGUUAGGCUAUUGCCCGCAGCACGAUGCACUGUGGAAGAACAUUACGGUUCGUGAACAUCUGGAACUGUACGCUCGUAUCCGGGGUGUGACUAGAAAGGAUUUGAACCAUCUGGUGACCACCUACCUCACCGGAUUGCACAUAAACGAGCAUGCCAACAAGCAAACGCAACACUGCUCCGGAGGAACACGUCGGAAACUCAGCUACGCUAUGGCAAUGGUCGGAGCUCCCAAGGUGGUCCUGCUAGAUGAACCAUCCACCGGAAUGGAUCCCAAAUCGAAGCGAUUCCUGUGGGAUACAAUACUGGCCAGUUUCCAUGGAACUCGGUGUGCCAUGCUGACCACCCAUUCUAUGGAGGAAGCGGAUGCACUUUGCUCACGCGUUGGUAUUAUGGUGAAAGGCGAACUGAGGUGCCUUGGCUCGACACAGCAUUUGAAGAACCUGUACGGAGCCGGCUACACGCUCGAAAUCAAGCUGAAGCACGUCGAAAGUGUGUACAGCGAGACGCCCAUCGAAAGUCAACCCAGCAGCAGCCAGGAGCAGCUGCAGCUCGAUCAGAGCGUGGAUCACAUCGCCGCAACGCCGGUCAUCAGCAAUUGCAUCGACAACCGGUCGAUGGCGUUGCGUAACUUUGUAACCGAUCUCUUCCCGAGUGCCACACUGGAGGAAAGUUUCGCCGAUCGGCUGGUCUACUCCGUACCGCAGCAGGUCGUCAGUUCGCUAGCGGAGUGCUUCUCGCGGCUCGAGAGAGCCAAAACGGAGCUGGACAUCGAAGAGUACUCAUUCAGUCAGACGACACUAGAGCAAGUGUUUCUGAAAUUUGCCCACUACGAUGAAGAAACGUCCAGUGUGCAGUAG